ACAGAGCCACCCAGGUGGCUCUCUCCCACCGCCCCCCACCCAAGUCUUUCAUUUAAUAAUUCUAGCAUCCAUUCACAAUCCUUAUUUGAGUCAGUUAUUCUGUGAAGGUUUGCAGAAUGGAGACUUACUGCAUCCUUUCUUUUACACGUAUAAACUAGCAUUCUUCUGUGUAAAGGAACUUUACCUUAUUAACUGGGGCUCUUUGAUUAAUCUGUAUUGUAGUUCCUACUAAAAAUGGAAGAUACAUAUUUGAUUCUUUUUAUUUAAGUACCAAUUUUCAGAGUAAAAAGUUGGUUUAGUAUUCACCUCCAGUGGUAGCAAAUGAGAGGGGUUUUUUUUUUCCUUGUUGGGUAAGGCUUUCAAUUUUUUUAAAAUGUCAUUACAUAGACACAAAGAAUUUUACAUAUUUAGUGACUUCCAGUCAGUUUUACUCUGUUUUUUUGAUGCCCAGAUUGUCUGAAACUUUGUCAGUGGGUCUCCCUUUAAGCUUACUCUUAUGUCCUUUUGACAUGAAUCCUUUAGUUUUUGGUUCAAGAUUUCUUAGGGUCACAUUUAUAUUGCUUUUCCCAGACCCAGAAUCAGCUAGUACUCUAAGGGGUUCUGAUCUUUGUUAGAAGAAAGUUAUUUAGAGAGCAUAACUGGGAUGUCGGGGAUGUUGGGGAUAUUCAUUGCUACUACGUUGUCGUCAUUUCAAGUUGUAAGAACUUGGAAAUAUAGUGUAUUAAAAAUAAUGAUUUGGAAUUAGUGUUUCCAGUUCAAGUUUAACAUUAUAGACUUUUAAAACUUCUUAAAAUUGUACUUGAAUCUCUUUUCUCUUACGCAGAAAAUUUUGAUCCCCAAUAUUAACAUAGUUAAUUAUGGUGCUUUAUCCUGCAGUAUGUAUACAGUUAUUUCUGCUCAAGCCUUUAGAAUAAAAUUGACACACUGGAGAAACUGGAUGGCUUUGUUAAAGGCCCUGUUCAUAUGAUGGUUGGAAUCCUUGCUAACACCAACCACCUUUCAAGAUGGUGGUCAAGCAUGGUUCUUUCAGUAUGGACAGAUAUGGGAAUAUUAGGUUCUGUUCUAGACAUUAUUAAGUACAUUGUGGCAAAGGGGGAGCACAAAAGUGGAGUCCUAGAUGAACCUACCAUUGCUACAAUACUCAAAGAAGUGCUGGAAGGGUUGGAAUACUUGCAUAAAAAUGGACAGAUUCACAGAGAUGUGAAAGCUGGAAAUAUUCUUCUUGGAGAAGAUGGCUCAGUACAGAUUGCAGACUUUGGAGUUAGUGCUUUUUUAGCAACUGGUGGUGAUAUUACCCGAAAUAAAGUGAGAAAGACCUUUGUUGGAACUCCUUGCUGGAUGGCGCCUGAAGUUAUGGAACAGGUUCGAGGCUAUGACUUCAAAGCUGACAUCUGGAGUUUUGGGAUCACAGCAAUUGAACUGGCUACAGGGGCAGCUCCUUACCAUAAGUAUCCACCAAUGAAGGUUUUAAUGCUGACACUACAAAAUGAUCCUCCUUCUUUGGAAACUGGUGUUCAAGACAAAGAAAUGCUGAAAAAAUAUGGAAAAUCAUUUAGGAAAAUGAUUUCAUUGUGCCUUCAAAAGGAUCCAGAAAAAAGACCAACAGCAGCAGAACUGUUAAGGCACAAAUUUUUCCAAAAAGCAAAGAAUAAAGAAUUUCUUCAAGAAAAAAUACUGCAGAGAGCACCAACUAUUUCUGAAAGAGCUAAGAAGGUUCGGAGAGUACCAGGUUCCAGUGGCCGCCUUCAUAAGACAGAAGAUGGCGGCUGGGAGUGGAGUGAUGACGAAUUUGAUGAAGAAAGUGAGGAAGGGAAAGCAGCAAUUUCACAACUCAGGUCUCCCCGAGUGAAAGAACCAUUAUCAAAUUCUGAGCUGUUUCCAACAACUGAUCCCGUGGGUACUUUACUCCAAGUUCCAGAACAGAUUACUGCUCAUCUACCUCACCCAGCUGGGCACAUGUCUGCACAGCCAACUCAAGUCUCUCCCCCACCCCCAGCAGAGCCAGCAAAAACAGCUCAGGCUCUGCCUUCAGGAGCAGGCUCACAAGAAACCAAGAUCCCAAUCAGCCUAGUACUCAGAUUAAGGAAUUCAAAAAAAGAACUAAAUGAUAUUCGAUUCGAGUUUACUCCUGGGAGAGAUACAGCGGAGGGUGUAUCUCAGGAACUCAUUUCUGCUGGCCUUGUCGAUGGAAGGGAUUUAGUAAUAGUGGCAGCGAAUUUGCAGAAAAUUGUGGAAGAACCUCAGUCAAAUCGAUCUGUCACUUUCAAACUGGCAUCUGGUGUCGAAGGCUCGGAUAUUCCUGAUGAUGGUAAACUAAUAGGAUUUGCCCAGCUCAGCAUCAGCUAAACCACAGCCCUGAAAGAGGCGGCCUAAGGAGAUUCCACACAUGCGUAUCUCUGUUGCUUCUGUUGGCCUAAACCCACUACUGCCAAAGAACCCAGCAACAAACCUCCCGGCUAGGAGCUUUAGAGGUCUUUCUUUAUGUUCUUCCUGCCAUCAUUCCCCCCUUUUCCCACAGGGAAAGAAAAGUUGGAUCACCAGUGGCCAGCAUCCCUUUAAAGACUUCCGUUAGUCAACUUACUGCGCAUGUCCCCUGUCUUUCUCCAGCUGAGAAGGGGACUGUGCCUCAAGGCUCAGGAGGGAGAUCUGGCAGCUCAUCUUGCCUUACUCCAAUGAUGGCGCUGGGUGGAAAGUAGCAGCUAUAUUGGGCUUCCUCAUCCUGCCUGUUCUCCCACACCUGACAGGAUGUGGGCAUCUUGGGAUAUAUCUUCACCACUGAAGUAGCAAUUAAAAGUUGAUUGUUUAUCUGGAGCCCAGAGAAUUUAAUUUAGUAAUUUUUUUUUUUUAAUCUGAUGUGAAUUCGAGCAAUCUUUGUUAGGAAAAAGCACAGCCUCAGAAAGAGGCAGCCUAAACUGUGUUAUUGUUUUGUUCAUGUUUCCAAGCGUUUUGCUGAAGCUGCUCUCAGGCACCCCUCUUCAUCACUCCCUCCAGAAAGGGUUGCUAGCCUUAACUUCAGCUGGUGCAAAACAUCUGACUGUAGUCGAACUUCAGCCAUCAGAUCCUAAAAAGUGGAACUUUGGACUGUUUUUAGCGAAAACAUCAAGUAAUGGCUUCUAAAAGUGAAUUUCCCCAGCAGUGGUUUUGAACGGGAAGAAUAAUAACUCAUAUCAUUGUGGAAGUAUUUAUUUUCAAAUCUUAAAAAAUUCAGUUGAAGAAAAACUGCUCCUCAAUCCUCCCAUGAAAAUUUGCCUGGCCUCCACGUCAUAAGGAAAUGCAAGGCUGAGCUUUUCUACAGCAAUAAAGGAGACUCACCAGGCCAGCGAGGCCUACCUUCUGGCCCUGUCCUGCACUGACCCUUUGGAGGGGCUCCACACUUCUGUGCGCUGAACCUGACCCAGGAUGGAAAGUGAAACCACAUGUGCCGAGACUUUUAGGAUUUUUGAGUAGACAGUGUUCAUUUGAUUUUCUAUAGAAAUAAUAUAAAUUAUUCUUUAGGUUUAAAAACGAGCACUCAUAAUGCAAUAUGUGAGUAAUCGGUGGGGCCGAUUUUCUUUCCUACUGUUUCACAGUCAACCUCUGUCUAACUGUAAGUAGCCCUAACAGUUUUUGUCUAAGAAAGGGACACUCAGUCUGGCCUUAAAACGACACAUGAAGAUGGGCUUUAGCACCAUGGAAAGGGGAGAGCUGCCUCUUACAGAAUCACGCAAGCCCUUUCCAGUACUGUUGGUCUGUGAAUAACGAGAUCGCUUCACCUAGUUGUCUCUUGGAAUAUCUCUGGAAGCUUUCCCCACAACUGAGUUGUUGCAGCUCUUGUUUGGUUCUGAGCUUGUUGUUUUAGUCAUGGGCUUCCUUUCCCUGCCCUAGGUACAGAGGCAUACUGGGAAAGGAGUGGAUGUUGGGGAGAAGGAUGGGAUGGGUUUGGAGUGGCCGUUGGGAGGAAAGUAGAUGAGAGGAUCAGACACCAAAGUCCAGGGUCCCAGCAGGAUUGGUAAAAAGUGGGAGGCCUGCCAAGCCUAGAGAGGGAAAAGAUUGAUAGUUUGCUGGAAGAAUACUUAGCUUUUCUUUUUCUUUUCUUUUUUUUUCUUUUUUCUUUUUUUAAAUUUUUUUUAGAGGGAUGGGAAUAACACGAAAAGGAGUUAGUGUCCCUUUGGCACAAGGCUAGUGGCUUACCUUUGAGUACGUAUUUUUGUCUCAGUCAAGCCAUCAUCAUCUACAUAUUGAUAAAUCCGGAGGUAGUGGCCUCACUCUGUUCUAGCAUUCUGUUUGGAAGUGGUCUGGAGCCCAGGCAGGAGGUGAGCAGCAGCCCAUUGCCGUGUUCAGUUUCCCCAUGACUUUUAAACUGCAGUGGGACAAGGAUGCCAAUAGAAGUGGCCUAGGGCUUUCUCUUUCUUUUCAGUUCAUUUUUUGCCCUGCUGGGAAUUAGGAGUCAGACACCAAGACCCAGGACAGUGUUAUUUCUUCUGCAUGAUGUAUGGUGGACGCCCUUUGCUGACUUUCGCAGCGAUGCUGAGAGAAUACGUGAACAGAAACUUCCCAGGAUGGACAGCACGUAACCUAGUGAGUGACCUUGCUCCUUUCAAGGAGCAGUGGUCCAGGGUACACCUCUGUCUCUAGGUCUCUAGGAUCCCUUGGUCCCUGGGGAUAGGGACUAAUUUAGCACAAGGUAACAUGUGCCAAUGCUGUUUGUGAAAUGUAUGGUCUUAUUCGAUAUGACUAAUGGAUUUGUUUGGGUUUUUUGCUUGAGUUUUGAACCAAAUCCUAGAGCCAGCUGAUACUAUUUAAUAAUCUGAGGAUAGAAUAAUGGUGUAUCAAUAAAUGGAGGUUCCUCCUUAUGAUGUAUGCUAGAUUAUGGAAGAUGUAAAAUAUUUGACCUUCCCUUCUCCCUUUUUUUGACUUUGUAUUUUGCUGCAUGUUUCCUUCAUUUUUAAUCAAUAAAGAGUAAAUUGUC